CUGAUAUCCAUAUCCUUCAGACAAGCCACUGGAUCAACAUUGGACGUUUGUGAUCUCAUUCCACUAGAAUACAGGUUAGAUUUUAAACAAAAAUGUGAAUCUGAGAAGAUGGCAGACAAAAUUGUGGUCCUUAUUAUCUAUAUUUUUGCCUUCCUCGUUGGUCUGCCUUGCAACCUGUUGGCCUGCUACUCAUUCCUGAGGAAAGUGCGCCACAAGCCAGUCCCCAUAGAUAUCCUCUUGCUCAAUUUGACCUUGUCUGACCUUUUCCUUCUGUUCUUUUUGCCCUUCAAGAUCGCAGAAGUUGCCCUAAAUUUCAAAUGGCCUCUUCCUUCCAUCAUUUGCCCACUGGUAAACUUCUUCUUCUACAGCAGCAUCUAUCUCAGCACCCUGUUCCUCAUGGGAGUCAGUAUAGAGCGCUAUCUGUGUGUUGCCCACCCUGUUAAGCACAAGUUGAACCGCAGACCAACCUAUGCAAAAAUUGCCAGCCUUUUCAUCUGGUUGCUGGCUUGUUCCCAUUGUGGCAGCAUUGUCUUCAUUGUUCACUUCCAUGGAGCUCAGUGGAGUCCUACGGACAACAUCACUUGCUACAAGAUUUUCUCUGCUGAUCAGCUUCGCAUUGUCCUCCCGUUCCGCCUGGAGCUCUUCAUUGUCCUCUUCUUCAUCCCUUUCAUUGUCACUGUUUUCUGCUAUGCCAAUGUGAUCCGCAUCUUAACCACCAUGCCAAACAUUAAGACCCGGAAGAGGCAACGGGCUGUGGGCUUAGCUGUGGCCACUAUACUCAACUUCACCAUUGCCUUUGCUCCCUACAAUAUCUCCCACGUUGUGGGCUUUGUGAAGAAUCAAAGCCCUUCCUGGAGAACAGAGACAUUCUGCCUGACUUCUCUCAAUACAGUGUUGGACCCUGUUAUUUUCUUCUUCUCUUCCUCCACCAUCCGGACAACAUUUACAGAAUGUUGGAUUGGCAUCUGCAACAAACUCCGGAAACAUACAUCAUCCUGCUGUCCAUGUUGCUGCAGGUCAUGUAGGGACAAUGCCAAAGAAGGAGGAGCUGGUGAGGUAUCUGUCCCCAGUAUACUGGCAGGAUCUAGUACGCCUACACCUUUUGCAACCCUUGAACCAUCUGGGAUAUUAGAAGAGUAAUCACUCAGCAAAAGUCUCAUUAUAUACUGUAGAUCAGUAACUUCUGACUCCAGAAAACGCCUAAGCUAAAAUUUUUCACAACUUCAGAUACAUCCAAGCAAAUGUGAAAUCUGAAAUAAUGCCUGCGGAAACUUCAUUUUGAGUGAGAAAUAAUGAUCAAAUAAUGUUUGGAAAACUUGGCUACUCCUGACUUGCUUCUGGCAACUCUGAGUUAUUUUGACCGUCAUCAAAGUUGAGAUGACAUCUGCCUACACUUCUCAAACUUUCAAGACUUUCAGAGAAUUCCAUGCUGGCCUUUUUACCAAGGACUCCAGACUUAACAAAGAGGAUUUGAGACUAUGGUGCAGUACAGUAAAUGAACAAUAAUUCAUAUGGAUCACCGGCUGGGCCACUGUGACAAAUCUUUGCCCCCAUUAACUGAAUGGGUACAAUAGAAUACACUGAUAACACAAUAAUUAUUUCCCUUAUAGCAGCUCUCACGAUGGCCCUUCCCCUUAAAAAUUG